UCUCCCUCUCUGUCUCUCAUCUCUCCCUCUCUCCCUCUCCCUCUCCAUGGAUCCACCCAAACCUUCGUCAAACCCCACUCCUCCUCGUCAAAACCCCAGAUCACCGCCACCCAACACCCAAGACUUCCUAACCCACCUCGAAACCUACCUCGCGAAACGCGACGGCGUCGACAAGCUCCUCAAAAUCUCACGCUACGCCGCGAAGAUCAUCCUCGCCUCCUCCUUCCUCCCCUCCGCCCAUCCCCUCCACCCCCGCCUCAAGAAUUUCGAAUCCAGCGUCGGCCUCAGCCGGAAAGCCUUCCGCCUCGGCAAAUUCGUCCAAGACCUCAAUGCUCUGCGAAACAAGAACUUCUGUUUCGACUCGAAACAAGAACUCGUACUCUCGCUCGUCGCCUACGGCGGUGAGGGCGUGUACUACUUCGUCGAGCAAUUCGUCUGGCUAGCCAAAUCUGGGUUGAUCGACAACACCCACUUGCAGAAGUUGCAAAAGAUCAGCGCGUGGGCGGAGCUGGUAGGGUACUUCGGGAGCGUGGCGUUGAAGGUUGGGGAUUUGAGGAGGAUUGACAAGGAAGAAGCGUGUCUGAGGUCGAGCGUGGAGGUUUUGAGGUUGAGAGGGGAGGGGGCCGGGGAGGAGGAGGAGAGGAAGAUUGGGAAGUUGAGGGAGAAGAGGGUUAUGAAGAGGCUUUCGGUCGUGCAGGAUUUGGCUGAUGGGUUGAUGGCGUUGGGGGACGUGAGGGACGGGAAGGGAAGGUUUUCUGGGCCGGCGUUGAUGUCGUCGGCUGGGCUUUUGUCGGCGGUGAUUAGUACUCAUAAGAAUUGGGUUUCUUGCUGAUUGGAGGGGAUAAGAUGUCUUACACCAUUGAUGAAGAUGCCACAGAAUGAGGACAACUGAAAACCAUGGGUUAAAAAUGAUAUGUGCACUGAGAAAAGCGAUGUUGCAAGUGGUCAAGUGAGUACAUGAACAAGGAAAUAUGGUUGUUGCUCAAGGAGAGAAGUUUAAUGCUAGAUGCAAUAUCCAGAACAUGUUAAACCAUUCAUCUAGGAGGAGUCAUGCAUACCAACCGUAAUUUCAGCUUCAUGACGAGGAUUACAGGCACAUACAGUGAUUGUUGGACAAGCUGCCCUUUCUGCUCGUAGGUUUUCUUUAAAUUAACGGCAUCCAUUGCCCCUUUUUUUUUUCUUUUUCCCGGGACCGAUCUGUCUUCUCUGAUAUGCUGUGUGGAUGAUGCUAGUUAUGCUAUCAAGUUCUGCUUCUUGUUCUGGGGAUAUUCAUCAUGUGGAAUUCGUUGGCAUUUGGUUUGCCUUGUUUACUUUAGGUUGCAUAAGGUCUAUCGCAGGUUUAAAAUUUAUACAAAUGUUGUUUUUCUU